CUGGAACUGACUAACCAUACAAGAGGGAGACGAAUACCGAGCAGACGGUCGGUUUGUGGAGCAUACUAAUUUUUUGAAAGCGCCAUCGCAAUCAUGAAAACGGCUGGCCAUGGCAGAGAAGCAGCAGUGGCUCAUGGAAGACUUGGAAUUGUAUUUUUUAAUAAAAUCAGUGAGAGGUAAUAGGUAAAAGAGGACCACGAGGAAGUACUUGACAUCACGAUGGGAAUUGGCGAUCGACAAGGAAGAAGAACUAGUUACGGGAACCCCGGAACUGUGUUCAACUCCCUUGCCGAAUAUCAGAAAAAUAAAGAAUAUCACAAGCAAGCACUUGCCUUCGCUAUAGAAAUUGGCGAAAGGAAAGGAAAAUGUACCAGUAACGGGGACCUCGGAACCGUGUUCUACUCCCUUCCUUAG